CAGCAACGUGCUAUUCUCAUGUCUCUUUGCGAAUCUUUCCAUCACAUAUAUUGCUUCAAGCUGCGAUGAGACGAGGGGACAGAACCAGCACCGCCACUAAGACCAGUCAGGAUCAAUUUCGAACACCAGACAGGGCAGCUAUCCGUGGUCCUUCAGCAGCGAAAUCCAACGGUUCAAAACGAAGUUUAUUAUCAUCGCGAAAGAAGAACAUAAGCCCGGUAUCCUCGGAAUCAGUAUCAAAAUCGUUAUCAUCAAGGAGGACCUCGACGCUUCCCUUUAGUAGUUCUCGGGACCAACCUACGCUCACGCAGAUAGACUUUGUGACGACCCAACGACCGGACGAUGACGAUGACGACGAGGACCAACUCGAUUACAUAGAGGGGGAUGAACCGCGGGAUGAUACCCGAAAUAAUAACAAGACCCAAGAGGUGAUUGAGAUCGAGGAUGACUCGGACGAAGACGCCAAUUAUCAACCAUUAAUGCGGCGGGUCCGCAGCGUCAAGUCCGAUUCAAAUGCGAAAAGCAGCGUGCCGAAGCUGAAAACGAGCACUUCUCAGAAGAGUGAAAAGGGCGAUGUGAAGAAUGGUCGGAGGAGGAGGAGCAGUGGUCCGAGCAAGAUCAACAAGACCAAGGAUAAGAAACAGGAUAAAACUCUCACGCAGAUGAAGUUUGUGAUGCCAUGUUUGAAGAUCGACUCCGAUGAUGAUGAUAUGAAUCUGGAAUAUACGAAUUAUACGCCGAAGAAAGAGGAGGACUGGAAAGAUGAUCUGGAUGACUCGAUAUCGAGUUUAAAUCACACCCACAAGGCUUCCAGCGGGUCGAAGAGGAGGAAACUGGAUGAGAAGCUCGAUGAGGAAUUGGGUUUAAAGGGGAUAGCGACGGCCAAAAAGCUUCAAUUUGCAGAACCAGAUCGAGGCCCAGUCACACCGCGGAAGCCAAGGAAACAGGAAAUCCCUUCAUCUCAGUCACCGGAAAGUCCUGGGUUUGCAGUGAUCUCGUCAUCACAGUUUCGCGGCGCAACUGGCUCUCCGCUAAAGAAGCGCGUGUCUCCAAACCUCCCGAGUCGUUCUGUGAAAGAAGAAACACCCGAACAGAAUUUGGCGAAGCAGGAUCAAGAGCUUUCUGAUACUGUGACCCCACGUUCUUCGAUUAUGAAUUCGCACUCGCAUGCGCCUCAUACAUCCCCUAAUUCUCGAACGGAAUUGCCUACGUCUGGAAAUGGAGGCAAUGUGAAUAAUAUACCCCCUAGUACGGAAAGGACCGUGGUUUAUGAGACGGACGCCGAAUCAGAUUACGAUGGCUUGUCCAGCGCCCCAGCUUCACCUAACAAGCAAAGGCUGGCCCACGAUAAUAACACCGCUGAAGACAACCAAGAGACUCUUGACGACGAUUCCCCAGAUCUUCCUCCACCUAGGAUUCCUGAGCCAGAGCCUGAAUCUGGUCAUCUACACUCAGAUGUUAACCUGUCAUCCGAUGCGUCAAUCUGCUAUCAACGAUUCCAGCCAGCCACCCAGUUUCCGCUCGAGCCAAUACCGAUGCUAAACACUCAGAAGAUGACCGAACUCUUCCCGCAGGAAUCCAGUGCCCUGCAAACAGACACUUCUCUACCAGAGUCUCCCCCAUCAGCAAAACGUCAUCCAAUGCCUGCUCCAACUUUGCAGACACAGACACAGACACAAACUCAGACGCAAACCCAAACUCAAUCGCAAUCACAAGAUUUAGGUAAAACAUCGACAGAGAUAGUGCCAGAGUCUUCGCCCGUAACACGGCAGGCAAAUGGCACUCAUAUAAACGACUCUAUCUCACCUGAACUCCACACUCAUGACUCCGUGGUGCAGGUUGAAUCUUCCCAACCAGCGGACAGACUCAACAAGCGCUAUACAGGCCGAAGCUCAGGCCCGCGGGGCAUCUUGACUGAAAGCCAGCUACUAACAUCCAGCGUGAUGGAGAGUAUACCCAUGCCAGCCUUCUGGAUGGGCAGUCAGGACAGUGUUGGAGAGCCUUACAAUGAGCUCGAUGCAUGAUAUAGAUAGACCAUUUCAAUAGCUUCAUGAUGAUAACGACCAGCAUAUAAUCCAUGUGAUUUUCUCUCUUAUCACUGUUCAGGGGUAAUGCUAGUACGACGUAAACCAGUUGGCGACCGAGCGUCGGCGGGGCAUUUGGGCCGCCGUAGCCCCGGAAACGGAAACAUUAG